UUCGGUUUGUGUUUCGGUUUUGAUUAUUUAUUGGUCGUGGUAGGUUGUUUCUUAUUAUCGUACGGUAAUAUUUGUUAUUUUAUCAGCUGUUUUUCCACCCAUCGAAAGUAUAAAAGUCAGCUGUUUUCAUGGAUAAGAAGCUGUCUUUCUUCUCAUUUUACCGUUCUUUGCUAUGGAAGCCGGGAAUUCCCCUUUGCUAUUCAUCGAAUUUUAAUGGCUUAUUUGUGAAGAAACAGUGCUUUGUUGUUUUCUGCUAGAAUUUUUGUUGUUGUUUACUUUGUUAUGCUCGUUACGAACUCGAGGUGCAAUGGAGAAUUACCUAUGAUACAAUAAUAUUUUGGUAACAUUGAAUAAAGAAAAUUUUGGAAAUUUAGUUGAUUUUUAAGAGUUGGAUUUCCUAGAACUGAAAGACUAUGAAUUUCUCUGGUGAAGACAGAAAGGAAGUAUUCUUUUUCUUUGAACAAAUAUUGCGAUCAUACAAACAACCAGUAUAUUAUGAAAAUUUGCGAGGUCAUAUUUCAAAUGCAUCAGUCAACAUAAGGAAAUAUGUUUUAACCAAAUGCAAAGGAGAUAACUUUCUGGAAUAUUUUAAGCGUAGAAAGAAUUAUUUUUGUGUAGAAGAUGGUAAAAUUUCAUUAAAAGAAGAAUUUGGCAAUGAACAACCAAAAAAUUCACAUUUUAAUAAAUCUAAAAAGAAGACCUCGAAAGGAAAAUUUGUCAGGCGAAGCACAAGUUUCACCCAUUCUUCAUAUGCAAGUGCGUUAAAAGGCAAUGAUUCAAGUAGAAAUGAAGAUAAAGAAUAUGAAACUGAUGCUAUUACUUAUUUCCGAAAUCGAUUGAUUCGCAAAAAAAAGGAAAGAUUAUGGUCUAUUGAAUUCGAUGAUUUUCCUAAAAAAAUUAAGAGGCAUCUCCAGCUUUAUCACAAAAGCAAAGUAAAAAGUUUUCUUUCUUAUUAUCCUAAUAAAUUUGUUAUUGAUAGUGAUGAUGAAACUGUUACACUUGCACAUUUCUGCGAAUCAAAUUCUAAUGCAGCUGACUGUUCCUCAACAAAUCAAGAAACAUGUUCAAAUAUUGAUCAAAAUUCUGUUAAUAUUAUUAUUGAUUUAGAGAUUAAAAAAGCAUCAGAUUAUCUUGAAUGUGUAAUAUUUUUCAUUGACAUUCUUAAAAAGCUAAAUCAACCAUUUCCCAUUGAGAAAUUGGGUGGUUAUUUUUCUCAAGCCAGAAAAGAAAUAAAAGACCACUUAAAAAUAAACUAUAGAAGUUUCAAAUUUUUCUUUGAUGAUGCUCCUUUGAUAUUUUUAAAAAAUGCCUCAGAAGAAGUAUCACUUUCAAAAGAAUAUAGAAAGCUCAUCAGAGCUGCUGAAAAUUUGAUUAAAGAUACUAAAAAAGACUUUACUUUACAAACAGAAAUGCCUCUAAAAUCACAAAUCAAUCACAUUUUUCAGCCUCGGAUAUCCUCACAGCGUCCGUCAUGCCUUGCAGAAACUAAUAAAGAUGUCUUGUCACUAGUAAACAUUGCAAACACUCAGGAAGAUACAAUGGAAGAAACAUUAAAAUUGCACAAUAGUGAUCUGUUAGAAUUAGAAAUGACAAAUGAAUCAACGGAUGAUUUUUUUGAUAACUACCUUAUGCGUUCUUCUUCCCAAGAAUCUUCAGAUUCUUUAUCCAGUAAAUCUACUCAAAGUAUCAGUGUUAAGCACCCACAAGUAAAAGAUUAUUCUGUCAUAAAAGUAAAUGAAAAUUUUGAAUUAAAAUUGACUGAUAAGGAGUUAAUGGAACAUACUUUUCUUAGAUGCAUAUUCACAGUAGAAUUAUUCUGUUUGGAGUUUGUGGAAAGCGAGCUUAAUUAUAUCCAGAGCUUUGAAAACAAAGCUAUUAAGUAUUUUAUGGACAUAUUAGAUUCUUCAGCUACUAAGUUAUGGAAACUAAGUAAUUUGCAGGGUUCUGUUGGGAAUAAUCGUGAAAUUGCCCAAUUUAUGAAUAAAUUUUACAAAGGAGAAAAAUUAGUUUCCUUCUUUCAAAAACAUCACCAGUUUGAAGUGGAUCCACCAUUUGUUAAAAUUGCUCUUUCUGAUAAAGGCAAUCGUACAGAAGAUUUUAAUAUGUUCUCAAAUGAGAAAAAUAUGAUGAAUGAUUUGGUGAAUUUAUAUGAACUAAAUGAUUUUAAAAUUCUUCUAAGAGAUACUUAUACAUAUCUCUCUAAUGUGUGUGAAUUCUGUAAAGAUAAAAAUGAUGUCAAAAUUGAGAGAUUGUGUGGAAUACUAUCCAGAUUCCCUAGUUGUUUGAACAUGAUUAAAUCUUUGAAAGGACAGUCAUUAUCUGAGAAAAAUGAAUAUUUUCUUCAGAAAAUGAUGAUAUUUCAAUUCUCUAGAAAAGGAUACAUAUUUUUCCCUUAUGAUUAUUUUUAUGACAAGUGUCGUAUUUUAUUUUCAUGGUUUGAAAAAAUGCAAUGUUAUGAUCCCUUAAUGAAAUUUGUAAGUUUUUCAGAUUUUUGGAAAGCAAAUGUUUAUUCCAGAUGUAUCUCAAAUAAUAACAGGCAUAUUAGUUUGGAAAAAUCUUAUCAAAAUGUUGCAGAUAUCAUUGAAAAUGAAAUGGAAAAUAGAUCUGAAAUGAACUAUUGUGAAUUAGCUGAAAUUAUUCCUGAAAAUGUCCUGUUUUCAUUGACAAAUGGUAAUUAUUUUUCCAGAUAUAUUAUUUCUUCAUUAUUAGAAAGUGGAAAAUAUAGAAUGAAAGAUGGCAAGAUUAGUUUGCUUGCAUAUGAUAAUUGCAAUUUAGGUCCUUCUGAUACUGUGGAUAAUGUAUCCGCUGAAAUCAUUAAUGAAUUCGAAAAUCACAUUUUUAAUGAAAGCUCACGUGAAUUAUAUAUUCAGCAAAACAUCUGUGAUAAUCAAGACAAUAGUGUAUGUUCACCUUUUACAAACAUAAACAACCAUUCCGAAUAUAAAGUUGAAUUGGGAUAUUGUUCAAAACAGUCUUCAGAAAUAUUACAAACUACAGAAUAUUCUGAGAUGUAUUCCAAAAGUGUAGAAUUCAAAUCUGAUUUGUCCUUGAAAGAUGAUAAAGUACUUGUUAAUCAUUUAAUUUCUGAAGAUCAGCAUAAAAAUUUUAAUUCAACAAAUGAUAAUCACAUUUCUGAACCUGUAAUAAAAUCAUUUAAUCAAGAAAAGAGUAAAGACAUGAAUGUAUUUAAAACAGAACAAAAUCUUUGCAUUGAUGUACCAGUGAGUAAUGCUGAAAAUUUUAAAUCUGGAGAAAAAAUCACAGUGUUCACAAAACCCACCAAAUCUGUAUCAAACAAUAAAGAACCCGAAUUGGUAGUUGAAGAAAGUGGAUCUGUCUUCGAAUCUUCAAGUAACUGUUACAGCUGUGAAGAUAAAGUAAAUAUCAAAAUAGAUUUAAUUUCACAUAAUUCUGAUGCCCCGGAGAAAUUAAGCAUCUCUUCUCUCUCUUUAUCUCCAGAGUUUCAUGAAUUCAAUGAGUUUCGAAAAGAAAACCAAAACUUUUCAUUUAAGUGUGAUCUUAUGAACACGCUUAUUUCUGAAGAUCUGAGUAAACAGGAAGAUGAAUUUGAUAAUGAUCAAGCACUUGAUUUAAAUUUAACAGAAAAUUAUGUUCUUGAAGAAAAGUGUAUUUCAGUUCUGCCAGAGGUAAAGCCACUGGAAAAAGACAAUUUAACUGAACAAAAUGUAGUCCCUGAAGUUACAGCUAAAUAUGCUUCAGAAUCAAACAUUGAAGUAUUAGAAAUGGAACAAAAUAUCUCUUGUAUAUCUCAAGAAAAAGAGGUUGAGAUUCAUUUGCUCAAUAAACAAAAUUCAUAUGAUAAUUUUGAUGCUAGUACUGAAAUGAUUAGUCAACAGACACUUCAUAAUUUAGACUCGACAAAUAAAGAGAUAGUAAUAAGGACAUUUGAACAUUUUGCUGAUGAAAAUAUAAAUUUGAAAACUUCCAAAGCUUUUGAGCAAGUUCAUAAAAAAGAUUUUCAGUGUGAUGCUUCUCAGAUGUCAGAUUUUAAUGAUGCCACACCAGAAAAUAGAAUAAUUUCUGUAACAAUUCAAGAUUUCAAUACACCUCAAGAAUUACAAAGAAUAAAACAUAAAGAUACUGCUGUCUCUGUUAAACAGUCAUUUACAGAUAUGCCUGAAGAAUUAUUUGACACAUCACUAAUAAAACAAUAUUUAAGUUCUUCAAAACUUUCUGAGGAAAUGAAUCAUCCUAGCAUUACAAUACAUGAUGCAGAAUCUGUGAAAGAGAGUGUUGGUUCAGAAGUGCCAUUAAAAUAUCCUCUUGCCAUGUUAACUUCCUCUUCUGAUGAUGUAAGCAAAAUAAACAAAUCCAGAGCUAGCAGCUGUAAUGACUUAACAUCGGAUUUUCCUUUGCAACCAAUUACAGCUAAAGUUGUACUUUUGACAAACAGUUCGUGUUUAGCCUUAGCUGAUAUAAAGGAACGUAAACAGAGCAUAUAUUUUAUGAAAUAUGCUUUUGCUUGUGAACAUCAAGAUGAUUGCUCUGAUUGUUUUAGUAUCUUACAAAUUGGUGAUGAAGUCUCAUGUUUUGUACCUCUUACUGAAAUACCACAGAAAAUAUGGAUUGCAUUUAUGGUUACUAAAGAAAAUUCUGAAAGCUUAAAUGAAUUUAUUUUGGAAAAUGCUAAAAUUCUGCAUGAAGGACCUAUAAAAUCUCUUCCUAAUUCAGCUUGUAUAAAAAGCUCUACGCGUCAUUUUGGAUGCCAGACUGAAUUUCCGAAAUGUGAUAAUUAUUGUCAGACUGAUGUUAAUGCCAAUGCUGACAAAUAUCAAUCAAGGAAGGAAAUAUCAUGUCAAACAAGGUUAUAUUUUGUUCGAAAUGUUUCUAUCCAAACUGAAAAUGUUACAAUGAUGUGCAUGAAUCAAAAUGAUUUUGAAGAGACUGAAAUUCCAUUUGGUAGUAAAUGUGUAAAAUGCCAAACUUACUUUAAUGGUGAUUUUGGAAAUGAUACAUGGACUGAAAACACUGACCCAGUUAUUUGGCAAGGAAAAAAAUCACAAUUAACAAAAACUGUCAGUUGUCAGACUUUCUCUACUGGACAAAUCAUGAUGCUAAAGCACCAUCCUAUGUAGAUUACUUUUUAUUAUUUUAUGUGUAUACACACACACAUAUAUAUAUAUUGUCUAUUGUUUCAUACUAUGCAUUUUCUAUAACAAAUAUUUUAAGCUGUAAUUAAAGGGGAAAGAAUGUUUUUAAUCCGAUGAAAAAUGUUCUUCUCUGUAUAAUAAA